AUUUCUUCAUCAGCAUUAUCAAACUCUUAAUACACCAAUAACAUUAGAAAAUGGAGACAUUACUUACAUCAUUGGCUAUGGUUGUUGUAUUGUGGUGGAUAUGGAAAAUUGUGGAGUGGGUUUGGGUUAAGCCUAAGAUGCUAGAGAGUUACCUGAGAAAACAAGGUCUUGUCGGCACUCGUUACACGCCUCUUGUCGGAGAUGUGAGAAGAACUUUUAGCAUGUUGAAGGAAGCAAGAUCGAGACCAAUGAAACCAACGGAUGAUCUCAUUUCACUUGUCAUGCCUUACUCCUUUCAAAUGCUCAAUACUUACGGAAAUACCUUUUUCACAUGGUUAGGACCCGUACCAUCCAUCACAAUAAUGAAUCCACAACUGAUCAAAGAAGUGUAUAACAAAGUUUAUGAUUUCCCCAAGACUCACACGUUUCCUUUGCUUGCGUUGAUAACUGAUGGACUCGCUAAUGCUGAUGGAGAUAAAUGGGCUAAACACCGGAGGAUCAUCAACCCGGCAUUCCACUUUGAGAAGAUCAAGAAUAUGGUCCCUACGUUUCAUCAAUGUUGCCGCGAGGUUGUGUGCGAGUGGGAAAAGUUAGUUUCAGAUAAAGGGUCCUCUUGUGAGGUUGAUGUUUGGCCAUGGAUUGUGAAUCUAACCGGGGAUGUGAUUUCUCGUACCGCUUUCGGUAGCAGCUAUAAAGAAGGACAGAGGAUAUUCAUACUACAAGAGGAACUAGCAAAGCUCAUCAUGCAAGCUCUUGGAAAGAAUUACAUCCCUGGAUAUCGAAUUGAAUUUCACAUUUCAUUUUUUUCUUGGCGUAGGCAUAUCCCAACAAGGAAUGCUACAAGGAUAAAGACAAUAGUUAGAGAAAUCCAAGUUAUACUAAAAGGGAUCAUUAGCAAAAGAGACGAGGCUAGAAAAGCUGGAGAAACCCCAAGUGACGAUUUGUUGGAUCUACUUCUUGUAUCAAAUUCAGGUGAAACUAAAGGAAAUGGACUGACCACCGAAGAAAUUAUUGAAGAUUGCAAGUUGUUUUAUUUUGCGGGACAAGAGACCACUUCAGUGCUUUUGACUUGGACCAUGGUUUUGUUAAGCCAACACCAAGACUGGCAAGCUUGCGUGCGAGAGGAAGUGAUGCAAGUUUUUGGUGAUAGAGACCCCGAUCUUGAAGGCAUUAAGCAACUCAAAGUUAUGACGAUGCUUCUUUAUGAGGUCCUUAGGCUUUACCCUCCAGUCAUCCAGAUGAACCGAGCGAUCCACAAAGAGAUCAAACUAGGCGAUAUGGCAAUACCAGCCGGUGUUCAAGUCAAUAUACCUGUUCUGCUUAUCCAUCGUGACACUAAGCUUUGGGGCGAUGAUGCAGCAGAGUUCAAGCCCGAGAGGUUCAAAGAUGGGGUCUCAAAGGCAACAAACAACCAGGUUUGCUUCUUGCCUUUUGGAUGGGGACCGAGGAUUUGCAUCGGUCAGAAUUUUGCUCUCUUGGAGGCAAAGAUGGCUCUGGCUUUGAUUGUACAGAGAUUCUCCUUCGAACUUUCUCCUUCUUAUGUGCAUGCACCUUACACAGUCAUCACUAUUCAUCCACAGUUUGGUGCUCAUCUUAUCCUAAACAAGCUAUGAUCUUGUGAUAAUAUUACAUAAACUUGUUAUACACGAGCAAACAAGACAGCGUAGAGAAACUAAUCAAGAUCACAUUCAUAAAACCAUGUUUCUGAAUGCUUCCUUGAUAACGACUCCAUCUUUUUAGUGUAAUACUUAUAAGUUUAAAUAAAUUUAUUAUUCGGGA